CCGGCGCCGCCCCCGCGAUGGCGUGCGAGGAGGCGCGCCUGCGCUGCGGCUACCGGCGCGGCUGCCGCUCGGCGCUGCAGCUCUACCUCAUGCACUGCCCGGCCAACGCGCUCGACCCCGACUCGCCGCAGCCGCGCUGCCCCGACGACUGCCAGCUGGCGCUCGUCGCGCUCACCUCCACGCCCGAGGGCCACCACCUCAUGACGUGCCGGUGCAGCGACGACGAGUGCUGGGAGACGAAGCGCCGCGUGGAGGUGUGCCGGCCCUGGGUGGAGAACAUGACGCGAACCUCGCGCCUCAGCUGCCGCGCCGCGCAGGCCGUCUGCGACGCCGACCAACUGUGCUACACGGCGCUCGACUUCUACCACCGCAACUGCCGCGCCAUGUUCGCCGGCCGCCGCUGCUCGCACCGCUGCAACAACUCCAUCUCCAUCCUGCGCCGGCAGGAGAAGGCGGCCAAGCUGUCGGACUGCCGGUGCGACGGCAGCGAGGGCUACGACUGCGAGCGCGUGCGCGUCAACAUGAACCGCCUGUGCUUCCCCGCCAGCGCGGAGCCGCCCCCGCGGGAGCUGGCCGAGCCGCCCCCGCCGCCGCCGCCCACCGCCGCCGCCGCCGCCCCCGGCGCCGCCCCGCUGCCCGCCACCGCGUGGCUCGCGGCCCUGCUGUGCUGGAGGCUGCUGCCCCUCGCCACCUGACACAGGUCACAAAAGACACGGACUGCAGUCCGCUCGGGCGUUGCGGACACCAGCGGCCUGGACACACAUCUACCUCAUGAACGCCGAGCAGUAUUCAUCCUGCGUCUUCUUCCUUCCUCGACUCCUCAGGUUUGUUCCGUUGCGGAACAGUGCGACAAAGUGCUGCGGGACAUUUGCUUUGUUGUGGCCUGAAGAAGCGGCAGGCGUAUACCAAGUACAAGUGUAAAACAAGGGUUGCGGGCGGGCGUGGUUGCAAAACUGCUGAAAUGUGAUCGUGAGAGAAUAACGUACAAAAUUAUAUUUUAUAUACAGAUAUAUACACAAGCUUUAAGCUUUCCCGUGUUCAAAGCACGGGUGCCACAAAUGAAUUUUAUAUAAGAUAACAAUCUGAUUGCCGAGUGGUUUUCAGAGCUCCCAGCCAUACUGGUAGCUAUCCAUACGAAUGUGCGCUGUUGAUAUCUCUGUGAAAGCCUCAGCACGGCUUGAAUUAUUACAUGGUAAGAAGAAACUUUGCAAAAAUUGUAUUCCUAAAUCUGUGAAAUACUCAUAGUACACAGACGCCAAAGAAACUGUCAAACCGGCCUGGGUUCAUUUCAGUAUCUCGCAGCUUGCCGUCACCAAACAAUGUUUUGAGUACAAGGCGCAGGCUCUACGGUACUCGGUUUACAUAAAUAAAGUAGUCUUAUUUUCAGUACGUACACCAAAGGAUAAAUCUCAGUUCAAAAGUAUUGAAACUGGACUGAUAUUUACUAUAAUUUACAUGCAGUAGUUGUGUUGCAGUAUUACAACAUUUCCACGUCGGGAACUACCAUUUUGUACCAUGAUAGUGUCGUCUAUGUCGUCCACAAAAUGUACUGCUAUGUAAAAGGUAAUACCUAUGGAAUACCGUUGUCUACAUUUAAAUGCCGUUAUAUGUGACAUCGGUGGUGACAAAAAUAGACUAGAGGUGCCAACUGUCUCACAAAUAUUCAAUGAGUUAUUCAUUGUCUCUGAUCUCCACAAACUUGGCUACAAUUGGACACGUCACGGAAGUGUAACAUAUGUAUGUAUGUAUUUAUUAUAGAUUAAACGAUGUGACACUUCGAAUCGAAUUGCCUCUUGUACAUUAACGUUUGACCAUACACCUAGACAAAAUAAAUAAAUGUUUGAUAAUUUUAAAAAAGUCA